CCUGCCCGUUCCUCCUCUCGACCGCCCGGCUCGUGUGGUGUACCAGGACAACAUGGGAGGAAAAGAGCCUGCAAUGAUGUUCUCAAACAAUGAUGAAGCUGUGAUCAACAAAAAACUUCCAAAAGAGCUGCUGCUUCGAAUUUUCUCUUUCCUGGAUGUGGUCACUCUGUGUCGUUGUGCUCAAGUUUCCAGGGCAUGGAAUGUUCUGGCCCUGGAUGGCAGUAACUGGCAGCGAAUUGACCUGUUUGAUUUCCAGAGGGAUAUUGAGGGCCGAGUAGUUGAGAAUAUUUCUAAAAGAUGCGGGGGUUUCUUGCGGAAGUUAAGCCUGCGUGGCUGUCUAGGAGUGGGAGACAAUGCGUUAAGGACAUUUGCACAGAACUGCAGAAAUAUUGAAGUAUUGAACCUGAAUGGCUGUACCAAGAUCACAGAUGCUACGUGUACCAGCCUCAGUAAGUUCUGCUCUAAACUCAGGCACCUUGAUUUGGCUUCCUGCACUUCCAUAACCAACCUCUCUCUGAAAGCACUGAGUGAGGGAUGCCCACUGCUGGAACAGCUGAACAUCUCCUGGUGCGACCAAGUGACUAAGGAUGGCAUCCAGGCUCUGGUGAGAGGCUGCGGUGGACUCAAAGCCCUGUUUCUGAAAGGCUGCACGCAGCUUGAGGAUGAAGCCCUGAAAUACAUUGGUGCACAUUGUCCCGAACUGGUGACUUUAAACCUUCAAACAUGCUUACAAAUAACAGAUGAUGGUCUCAUUACAAUAUGCAGAGGAUGCCACAAGUUACAAUCCUUGUGUGCUUCAGGCUGCUCUAACAUUACAGAUGCCAUCCUGAAUGCCCUGGGACAGAACUGCCCAAGGCUUAGAAUAUUAGAAGUUGCAAGGUGUUCUCAACUAACAGAUGUGGGCUUUACCACUCUAGCUAGGAACUGCCAUGAGCUUGAAAAAAUGGACCUGGAAGAGUGCGUCCAGAUAACAGACAGUACGCUAAUCCAGCUUUCCAUACACUGUCCACGGCUUCAGGUUCUGAGUUUGUCCCACUGUGAGCUGAUCACGGACGAUGGGAUUCGUCACUUGGGAAACGGCGCCUGCGCGCACGACCGCUUGGAGGUGAUCGAGCUGGACAACUGCCCUUUGAUCACGGAUGCCUCCCUGGAGCACCUGAAAAGCUGCCACAGCUUGGAGAGGAUAGAACUGUACGACUGUCAGCAAAUCACGCGGGCAGGGAUCAAGAGACUCAGGACCCAUUUACCCAAUAUUAAAGUCCAUGCCUACUUCGCGCCUGUGACUCCACCUCCUUCGGUCGGGGGCAGCAGACAGCGCUUCUGCAGAUGUUGCAUCAUCCUAUGACACUGGAAGUGGUCAUCCUCGCAAACUGAGUAUUUAAUUACACUUGUAGAAUUACGGUGGACACCAGUAUCUUCAAGGAAAGCGAUGCCAGUGUCAUUUGCAAGGGCCAGUGAGCAGGGCUGUGGUGCCAGGCCCCUGUAGCCACCCAUACACAUACAUAUACACACCCCACCUGUUCCAGCAAACCGAUGAACUCUGCAGUAUGGGAGCUGGAGCUGUGUUGGCGUUUUCUGUAGGUGGAUUGGUAUAAUUCUGAACCAUUCCUACUGGGCAUGCUCAGAUGAAAUCAUUGCGGUAAGGAGGGGAGGUUUUUGCGAACCCAGAAUGACUGUUGCUGCUGUUGAGGUUGGAAUAGUAACUGAAAUCCUUCGAAAUGGGGAGAGGGGAGAGGAAAGGAACAUGCUUUAACCCUGCCUCCGUUGUCUGGAAAGGGGGGGGAAACCAAACCUGAAAAUCCCAAGAAGCUUUGUGUCCAUUUUUCAGUGAGGGAGUGAAACAGCAGCUGUUGUGAGACAUGAUUUACUUGUGCUUCUCUACUUCCCGUUCCCUGCUGACCACCCUGAGCAUGCUCACAUUGAAGGUUCAUCUGUUUCUUCUGUGUUCUGUAGCAUCGAGCUCAGAGGCUUCCUAGAUUGUUGUGGUAUAGCUUGAAAUCUGUAACGUCCGGCUCAGUUUUUUACCCUCCCUACAUCCUGCUUUUUUUUUUUUUUUUCAGAUUUUUAAUUUAGUAAUUCUGCU